GAUACACACAGUCUAGAAAGUUUUGUGUCAACAUGGACCCAUUGGAGCAGUCGAGCAGCAGCGAUAAACGGCCUCAAUUCGGGAAUCGGUUCCUUAAAGAGGACGACGAUGUUUUUAAACACAACGCAUGGUAGGAUAAUGUCACAAUUGAAGUGUUUAGUUUCCAUUAACGUGAAAGUGCGAAAGGGAUUUUGCUACGAGCACACCCGCCAUCGAAAGAAGCCACCGGGAGGAAGUCGGGUUUUGAAGAGGAAUUCGGAUAUUUUUAGUUUCAAUGCUUGGGACAACGUAGAAUGGGAUGAUGAACAAGAAGCAGCAGCUCGUGAAGCCGUAUCGAAAAAUUCAUCAGUUACAUUAUCAGAGGACCAAGUAAACAAGUUCGAAAAUGAUGCUGAUAAAUUCUGGGACAGUUUCUACGACAUCCACGAAAAUCGAUUCUUCAAAGAUCGCCACUGGCUCUUUACAGAAUUUCCGGAACUAGCUCCGGAUGUUAAAGCUCCAGAGAGGGUUUACUCCGACAACACAACAUCCGCACAAAAACCAUCCACCCCACCACCCCCUCGUAGGAUAUUUGAACCGGGCUGUGGUGUCGGGAAUACAAUCCUCCCAAUCCUGAAAUACAGCCAAGAUGCCAAUCUCAAGGUGUAUGGCUGUGACUUCUCAGCAAAAGCAAUUGAUAUCCUGAAAGAACAUGCAGAUUUCGAUUCGAAACGUUGUGAAGCGUUCGUUAUGGAUGCAACAAAUCCCGUUUGGGAUGUACCCUUCGAGGAGAAUAGCAUAGACAUUAUCGUGUUGAUAUUCGUUCUCUCGGCAAUACAUCCGGAUAAAAUGAAAACAGUUGCAGAGAAUUGUUACAAGUACCUGAAACCCGGUGGAUUAGUGCUUUUAAGGGAUUAUGGACGUUACGAUUUGGCACAGCUCAGAUUCAAAUCGGGAAAAUGCUUACAGGAUAAUUUUUAUGUGCGAGGAGAUGGUACACGUGUCUAUUUCUUUACACAGGAUGAACUCAAAGAUUUGUUUGGAGGCGUUGGAUUUCAAGAAGAACAGAAUUUAGUGGAUCGACGGUUGCAGGUUAAUCGUGGGAGAAUGUUGAAAAUGUAUCGGGUUUGGAUACAAACUAAAUUUAGGAAGCCAAAUGUGUAAAUGAAUUUGUAAUUUUCUAAUGUCAAUGUGUGUUAAUGACACUAAGAAUUUUAUUAAAAAUACGAAUA